UAUCUUCCUGACUUAGUCCAUUCUAGUGAUCCCACGCCACAAGCAAUAGAAGGCAAGUCCGUUCCACAAUGUCGAUACGAUGUACUCUCGUCAGUUAAUGGUCCAACUCUCCGCUUUGCAAAUGUUGGGGAGCCAGUGGUUCAUAAUUGUGUCAUAGAAAAACAGCUGGUGCCCGAUGUCAAAUAUGAAUCGGAUCUUUCCUCAGCGUAUACUACGAUUAGUGCAUUCAGAUUUGCUGAGCAAAUUGUGGUACAUUUUUCAUGUCAGAUCACACUAUGUCGAAAACACGAACAAGGUUGUGAGGGUAUCGCGCCUCCAGUAUGUGUCCCAAUCGAAUUCCCUCCAAUUCAUGCCGAAUACCGUCAUUCGACUCGUCCAUCGAUAGAAGCUACCAAAAUCACAGAAUUACCAAAACCAAUACCUACACCUAAGCAAUAUGGCUUUGAAUCGGUCGAGCUGAAUACGAGGACCACUGCUAGGCCAACCACCUCUACUCUUUCGAAUAAACUAGAGGCUAUAGCAAAUUUCCACGGUCCCUUUGUUUCUCAUCCUCCAGUUCCAUUAUCCAGGACAGAAGAAGAAGAACAGGAGGCAAACGCUAUAUCCAGUGGAGAUACGCCAGAAUUUGGCAUUGAAAUCGCCAAAGGGCCAGCAUCACCUUAUCAUAUGCUUCCCGAGGUGCCAAACGAUUACCGAACAGAGACCCUUUCAUCCGUUUAUGAUGUU